ACGUCAUUUGGGUAGAACCGGCUGAGCUUUUGUUGUGGCACGUUAAGUAAAGAGAUUGCGAUAAUAAAUAAUUAAUAUUACAUUGAAAGAAGUUUAAAUAAAGAUUUGGUUCUAAAGAUUGGGCUUUCCACAGUAUUGUUCUUUCACAAAGAUAUAACUAAUUUUGGGCCGCAGUGCAUCGGAACAGCCAUAACCUAAAUGAACAACAACGUAGUGCCACCACGAAGUAUUAACGUCAUCAACAUUAACUUAUCGCAUCUUAAUCGUUGAUUCAUUAUUGCCUUAGUUACCUCAUAAAAAAUGACUGAGAAAAUAACGAAAUUAGCGCUAGCUAGUCGAGUGAUUAUAUUGGUAUUACAGCUACUUGUAAACCACUUGAUGCCUGAUCACAAAUCUGAUGUAUUUCGAUCACCGAUUGCACAACAAACUCAACAACAUAUAGGAGCACUAGAAAACAACGAAUUUAACUCUCAUAAUGCCACCGAAAAUUCUUGGCUUGAUCGCACAGUACAAUUUUGCCUUGGCGGUCUACGUCACUGGGAUGGCGAAUAUUUUCUACACAUUGCAGAAUAUUCUUAUUCCUACGAGAAUACACUCGCUUUCUACCCACUAUUUCCGUUAGUGGUACGUGCAGGUGCAAAUGCUUUGUAUGCACUCAAUAUGGGCGUGUCAUUGCGCAGCUGGUGUUUGGUAGUGGCCGUUUUGGUCAAUGUAUUUUGCUUCUGUAAAGCAGCUAAUGCACUUUAUGCACUCACACAGCGUAUUUUUAAGGACCCAAAUAAAAGUUGGAAUGCGGCGUUACUAUUUUGCUUCAAUCCAGCGUCGAUAUUCUUCACUGCCGCCUACUCGGAAGCGCUUUUCUGUUGGUUAUCGCUACACUUGAUGUUGGAAUGCGUUUCCGAGUUUCGAUUUGCGCGUACCACAGUAACACUGGCACUAUCUAUUGUGAGCCGUUCAAAUGGUCUACUCAAUGCGGGCUAUCCCAUAUAUUUUAUGCUGCGGCACACCAUACUCAAGUCAUAUCAUCGCUGUUUUGCUGCUGUAAAGUUAACACUUUGUCUGAUUGGUGCACUAACGCCGCUCACAUUCUUCUACUUUUACGCAUUCAAACAGUACUGUGUACCACAACAUACAGUAGCGCAUUCAGAAGCUGUGCUGAACUAUGCGCGAGAGAAAAAUUACAUUUUAGCUGGUCAUCGAAUGCCGCAAGAUUCACCGUGGUGUGAUAAUACUUUUCCAUUUCCGUAUUCAUACAUACAAUCACACUAUUGGAAUGUCGGUUUUCUACGUUACUACGAGUUCAAGCAGUUACCGAACUUCAUGUUAGCUUUGCCUGUGCUCGCGUUCUUGCUGUAUCAUUGCUUUACGUACUUUAGACAUUUCAUGCGUAUCCUACUGCCGCAUUAUCCCAUCAUGCAGCUAUUAAAAGAAUAUAAAUCGUUGCCUUUUGUACUGCAUGCAUUGGUACUUACACUAUUUUGUACUUUUUUUGUGCACAUACAAAUAUCAACAAGGUUAUUGUGCUCGGCUACGCCAUGUCUUUAUUGGUUUGCUGCCGAUCAGCUGCCCAAGACCUUUGAUCUAAUCAAAUUGCGGUCAAAAGCUGGAUCUAUAUUAGUAUGGUUUACAAGUUACUAUUUAAUUGGCACAGCGCUAUUUUGUAACAAUCUACCUUGGACGUAAAGUAAUGGAAAAUUUGGACUUUUAUAAUAAACAUACAACAAAUCGUUGCGGAUAAGUGUACGCGUGACAGUGAGAGCAUUAUUAAAUUAAUGCAAAGCUUAAAAUUACGACAUCUUCAUCCCAUCAUCGGCACUAGAAAUGCAACUAGCUGUACGUGCAUAGCUGCGCUCAUUAACCAAAAAAUAAUUAAAAUAAUAUUAAAUAUCAAUCAAAUUGACUAACUUAUUUAGCGCUUAUUUUUUAGUUUCUUCUUAAAUUAAUUAAUUUAUUAUGUUUUGAAAGACUAAAGACAUUGUACGUGUGCGGCCUUAUGAUAGGAAGUGAAAUUAAGAGUAUAGAAAAAGUAUAAUUGUAAGAGACUGCGUACUAGUGUACAUAAAUGCUGAAGCUUUUGAGAGCAAAAACUUUUAACAUUUAUAUUAAUUAGAAAAAGUAUUUAUUUGAAAUAUGUAAAGCGCAUAAAAAACAGUUUUCUAACCAAGAAUUUGUAUAGUUAUUAUAAAUAUACAUAUAUUCUUAUUGAAUUUGCCUGAUCAUUUUAAAUUUUUAAUACAUAUUUCCAAUAACAUCGCUCUAAUAACAUUAGCUGAUAUUAUGACUUUUAAAGGAAAAUUGGAAAGAUUUUAAUAUUGCACAUUUUUUAAAUGAAUAAAGUGUAUUUAAAAUACCCGGACAUAACCUAGUUUAUUUCAUGAAGUUCUCGAAUUUUGGCAGAUCAAAAACGACCAAAGUUUUGACUGAUGCCUCUUUCGAGUUCCGGUUUAAAAUAGAGAGACAAGAAGUAAGCAAACAACAAAAAAUUCUUCGAAAGAAAUUAUCUUUUUUAAUUCUCAACGUUGAGAUUAAGUUUUUCCAUUUGGUGCUUGGGUAUCAUUGCCAUUGAAGAUAUUCGCUUAAAAUUUUGAAAGAUUUAAUGCAGUAUUUUUUUUUUUUAAUUUCCAAAAAUUGGCUUUUUUGUGCUGUCAUAUUAAAAACACAGCAUUUUAAUUAUUACUCUAGAAGAUGCUCUUCAAAAUGCAGCAAAUGUAAAAUAUUCGCUUCUGCUUCAAUUACAAAUCAGCGGCGUUGCCAACUCUUCUCCUUAUGUUAAUUGCCAAACAAGAUAUGUUAUUAUAUUAUUUUCAGCUGCUUUCUGUUUCUAUAAUUGUAUAUAUGUAUAACUCCACUCUUUUGUGUCAAAUAAUAUAAAAUGUUUUGUAUUUUAAAACUUUUAUUUUAUUAUAUAAUGUUUUUACACGUUUCAUAUGCUAAAUAUAGUGAUGGCGAUGAGAAGGUGGUUUUACGUUUUAUUACAUAAAAGUUACAUAUUAAUGUAACCUUUGGUAUUUCUCUUUGCAAAUGGUUUUAAAUUCACACAUCGACGAAAAUAAACGAAUAAAAUUAUAAUAAACAAUACUACAACUUAUAACGUACAAAUAAUACAAACGAAAAAUCAGAUACGCUUCAUAUAGAAGUUAAAAA